AGUAGGGAAAUACGGAGGAGGGAGCGGGCAGCUUUCUGGUUUGAAAGCCCUUCUGAUCGCAACUCCGGCAGGCCCAGAGGCCGGGGGCCAGCAGCACAGAAGAAUCGUGCGGGGGGCUAUGCGUCUCUGAAGCAGAGGAGGAGGGACGGCGGUGAGCAUGUCGGCGCUGAACUGGAAGCCCUUCGUGUACGGGGGCCUGGCUUCGGUCACGGCCGAGUGCGGUACAUUUCCAAUUGAUCUGACCAAGACACGGCUCCAGAUUCAAGGCCAGAAGAACGAUGCAAACUUUAAAGAGAUCAGAUAUCGAGGAAUGCUGCAUGCGCUGGUGAGGAUAGGCAGAGAAGAAGGCCUGAAAGCACUGUAUUCGGGGAUUGCCCCCGCGAUGUUACGCCAGGCUUCCUAUGGCACCAUCAAGAUAGGCACUUACCAGAGCCUGAAGCGGCUAUUUGUUGAGCACCCGGAAGAUGAAACCCUUCUGAUAAAUGUGCUAUGUGGAAUUCUCUCCGGAGUCAUAUCCUCAAGCAUUGCUAAUCCAACUGAUGUUUUGAAAAUCCGGAUGCAAGCACAAAACAGCACCCUUCAAGGAGGAAUGAUCGGCAACUUCAUUAACAUUUACCAGCAAGAGGGAACAAGAGGGCUGUGGAAGGGUGUGUCCCUGACAGCUCAGAGGGCUGCUAUCGUCGUUGGCGUGGAGCUGCCAGUCUACGACCUCACCAAGAAACACCUCAUUCUCUCGGGCCUGAUGGGAGACACCGUGUAUACCCAUUUCCUCUCGAGCUUCACCUGUGGGCUGGCCGGGGCCCUGGCCUCAAACCCUGUGGAUGUUGUGAGAACACGUAUGAUGAAUCAGAGAGUCCUUCGCGACAGCAGGUGCCCUGGCUACACAGGUACCCUGGAUUGCUUGUUACAGACGUGGAAGAAUGAAGGUUUUUUUGCUCUAUAUAAAGGGUUUUGGCCAAAUUGGUUGAGACUCGGUCCUUGGAAUAUUAUUUUCUUCGUGACAUACGAGCAGUUGAAGAAAUUGGAUUUGUGACAAGUCAUGACUGCAUGAGAGACAUCCCUCUGACAAUGCUCACUUCUGAAAUAGCAAAGCUUCCUUGUUUUCCCACCGCUUCUCACUGCUUAGCUCCUCACAGGUUCUGAGGCGUGAGCAACAGGUGAAGACUGGGUUAGCUCGGAUUGCGGUGUCUUGGCAUCAGAUACUCUGUAUCAAACGUUUAAUGGCAUAAACAGUAACAUCCAAACACUAGUCCUUACCAUUCAAGUGCCCUUCGACCUCAAGGAUAACAUGAAAUGCAUGUUUCUUGCUGAAGAAAACUUAUAUGAAGAUCAGGAACUGUGUGCUAUUUUCUUCAGGGGGGAGUAACUCCUGAUGCAUCUCAGCGCGCUGCUGAGACCACCAGAGUGUUCGAAAGAGGCUCUCCAGAGCCGCGGAGGAGACCCCCCAAGAGGGUGUUACUGUUCGGGAAACACUGGGGGUCUGUGACUUCGUGUCAGCUGAAGAACCGUCACACGUGGAGACCUGGCUUUUCAACUCCGGGUAAAAACAGUGCAGGAAAUAGAUCCCUGGAAUAUUGCACUGCUUGAUAAUUUCCUAUUUGGGCAGGAUCUCUCACUUAUAAUAAGUGAUUUUUAAGCCUUUGACAACUCAACCUUUGUGAGGAAUUGUUAUGAAGUAUUUUAAUAUCUAAACUCGUGAUGGUGAGAUAGGUUGGCUUUGAAGUUGGCAAAUCGGUGUUGGUGGGUGGUGUUUUUAAGCAACUUGGGUUCUGUCUUAGGUAAUGUCAGUAAUUUGCUCUAUGAUUUUAACAAAGUUUCUAUUUCCCAGUCUGUCAAAUGAGGAUAAUAACAUCUGUUGAUGCUGAGGGUCAAGUAAAGAAAACAGUAGUUGGUACCACUUGACUUGUAGGGUAGGUGUGCUUACGUCAUGCUGUCAUACAGCCGUCAUCCCAGAAGACGAGGUCCGUGUGUACAGAAGAGGUUGUUCUAUCAUGGGCUUCUCCUGAGUGAGGCCCUUUGUUAAAAGCCUGGUGAAAGAAAGAGGUUAAGGUUUUACAGCGUUUUCCUUAGCAAAAUGUUGCAAGUGAAUCAGAGUUGAUUUUUCCAGAUUUCCCAGUUUUUGCUUUAGCUCUGGUCAUGUUUGUUGAAACAUUUCCUGUCUUGGACUUCCUAAUCAGUUUGGAUGGAAAGUACUUGCUUGAAAUUUGAAGAGCAGUUUCUUUCACGUGCCUGUUUCUCGAGUCUGAUCAGAGGCGUAUAACAUCUUCCUUCUUUUCUUCUAAAGACAGGAUAUCCUUCGUGCUCAUCAUCUUAUUCUUUUUCAAAAUAGAAGGUGACUCUGAGAGCCCCACGACCUUUCCACUUCUAGAAGACAGCCCCAGGAAAGGGAAUAUGAAUAGGUUAAAAUAUCUACUUGGGUACCUUCAGUUCUGCCCUUUGAGAGUGACAUCAGAUACAUCCUAACUGGGGCUCCGUGACAGAUGCUUCCACAGUGUGUGCGAUUCCCAGUCGGUCCAGCCCCCGGGCUGCUUCCUCCCUCGAAGUAGAAUAGAAGGCUCGUGAGUCUUUCUUGGGGAUUGGGCAGUUUUCCUCCCACUUCACCUUCCGCUCUUUGUUUAUGUUGACUUUGACAAAAGAUUUUGUGAAGCAGAAUUUUAGUUGCAAAGGUAAGAGCUAAGAUAAGAAAGGAGGGGACUGAAGGGGGCAUGGAGGUAUCGAUUACUUCAAGAGUCAGGUGGGAGUCCAGUUCUCCCUGACCUGCUCUGGAAGUGAUGCCGGAGAGAUGACCCUAUUCAGACCUUGCCCCUCGUACUGAACCCUGUCUUUAGAGAGUUUCUUCUUACCAGAACAUUCCAUUGAUACGAUAAGGGCUUUCCAUAGAAAGGCUUUCAUCUUUGAGUUUCUUUGAGUUCAAAGGAUUAUGUUUUAUGAACCACUCUUUUUUUUUUAAUGUAGAAAACAGUUUAAGUAUAUGUAUAAUUCCUAAGAUGGUAGAAGCAAGUUCAUUAUGAAAACCAUGUAAAUCUUGUCAUGCAAUAUUUAUUAUAUCAAUUUAUUCAAAUAUGUACAUGUUCUGGGGGAGGGGUAUAGCUCAAGUGAUAGAGUACAUGCUUGGCAUGCAUGAGGUCCUGGGUUCAGUCCCCUGUACCGCCUCUAAAAAUAAAUAAACCUAAUUAUGUCCCCCCAUCAAAAUUUAAAAAAAAAACAAAUAAUACAAUAACAAAUAUGUACAUGUUCAUACCGGGAUGAAAAGAAAAUCAAACCUCACUGUUAAACGUAAGUACGCUUUUAAGACAAAAAUGUAGUAUUUCUUCAGUGUAGAUUUAUUAAAUAGAACAAGGUCUUAACCUGUUUCGGUUUUUCUACUUCCUGAAAGAGUAAUGCAGUUGAUGAAGCUUCUAACCAAGAAAGAACUUGAGGAACUAAGUCCUCCAUCCCCCCCACACUGGUUAUUGGUUACAUGUGGCAAAGGGAGUUUUAGCUUUUAUAACCAAAAUGAAGAAAGUAUAUAUUUUGUUUGUUUGCUUGUGGAUUUGUGUAAUCACUGAUGCUAAGUUUUGCUGAUUGUGGUAUAAAAAAUGGCUCCUGUUCGCCAUAUUUAUUCAUGCGCUAGAAAUAAUGUAUAUUAUAUAAAGACUGAAAGUUUUCAUAAGCUUUUAUAUUUUGAGCUCUUUAUUUAAACAUUGUUGGAAUAUGUGGCAUAAAUCUGGUUUCAUUAUUUAAUAAACUGGAGUAAUAUAUAAUAAUAAAAA